CCUGCGCGGGACAUCUCUCACAUUUGGGAUUUAAGGAUCUGAUAUUUUUGCAAAGACAUUGUCUUCUCUUGUGAUUUUUUUCCCUCUCUUUCUUCAUCGUCUCCGCUUCUUAAAAAAUCAACAUGUGUACAGGCGGUUGCUCCAAGGUGAUCGGCAUCACUCUGUAUGUCCUGGCCGCCGUGUCGAUCAUAUGCAACAUCAUUCUGUUCUUCCCCGACUGGUCCACUAAGUAUGCAGAUCACAUUACGGAGGAGGUCAAAUACAUGGGAGGAUUCAUCGGUGGUGGGAUAAUGGUGCUCAUCCCUGCCAUCCACAUUCAUCUGACCAGCGCCAAGGGCUGUUGCAACAACCGCUGUGGGAUGUUCCUGUCCAUCGGGUUUGCGGCGGCCGGAGUAAUGGGGGCUGUGUACAGUUUGAGCGCCGCCUCCCUCGGCGUGGUCAACGGGCCGACCUGCUUGUGGAAAAACUCGACCAGCGGCACCGAUGAGUGGGGAACACCUUUCCUGGGCCUAAACGCGAGCUACCUGGAAAACAAGGAAUGGUGGAGCAAGUGCAUCAAGCCAGCGGGCGUGGUGGAGUUCAACCUCACGCUAUUCUCCAUUCUGAUUGUCACCGCGGGCGUCAGCAUGGUGCUCUGCCUGAUCCAGAUGGUCAACGGAUUGUUUGGGUGUCUCUGUGGCACCUGCUCUGGCAAAGAGUAAGCACGACUUCAAUGCAUAGAGGAAAAAUAGGCGAACAACGUUCAAGGCACCGACUGCAUCAUCGUUAUCAUUAUCAUCACCAUAUUUAUUGUGACCAAUAACUGUUAUAUUUUUUCCACAUCCUCAUUCUUGUAACAUAUCAUAUAAUCACACGUAGUGUAAGCAGUUAUCUUACUGAUUAAAGCGGAAUAAGAUAUAUAGUUUGCCUUAUAGUGACGAUAGUAGAUUAGAAAGAAGACGAUUUUGUCACUAUUUACAAUUGUUCCUGUAAAUAAUUGUACCUGCUGGCAAAUGCAUCCUACUUACACCACUUAAUAAACGAAUGAAUAUAAAAGAAAGUUGUACACAAAGCCGCCUGACUGAGCCUUAUUAAUAAGAAGAAAUGGGUCAUUAACACAUUUUGUAAUUACAUUUUGUAAUAUUUUGUCAUAAUGUGAUUAUGUGAAUGAUAUGGCUAUGAAGUCAAGAUAUAGCAAAAUCGGAUUUCAGUGUGAACAGCAAUAAAUUAUUGUGAAUGUACUCAUUCAAUGUAUGUCAUGCUAUGGGCCCUAUGUCUUGCCAUUUUUUGUAAUAAAAUAA